ACAAUUUCUAGCUUCUUGGUACGUUCAGCAAUUGUAUCCCGCUAUGCCUUCACCCGAGUGUGGACUGUUAUGAACAACCCACACACGGAGGCAAAAGAAGCCACCUUUGAUCUGGAUCUUCCCAGUUCAGCAUUCAUCUCCAACUUUACCAUAACUGUGAAUGAAAAGAUCUAUGUGGCUGAGGUGAAGGAGAAGCACCAGGCUAAGAAGAUGUACGAUGAAGCCCGCAGGCAGGGAAAAACAGCUGCUCAUGUGGGCACCAAGGACCGAGAAACUGAAAAAUUCAGAGUGUCAACCAGUGUGGAGGCUGGAGGCAAGGUGGCCUUUGAGCUGACUUAUGAGGAAUUGCUGCAACGGCAUUUGGGAAAGUAUCAGCAUGCCAUCAACAUCCGACCACAACAGGUGGUCAGGAACCUCAGCGUGGAAGUGACCAUUUCGGAAAGGACUGGCAUUGAUUAUGUCCACGUGCUGCCCCUCCGCACAAGCAGACUUCUGACCAAUGCUGUUCGAGGGGAUGCUGACGUGCCGCCAUCCACUCGGGUGGAGAAAGGAACACACUGUGCUUGGAUUGUGUUCAACCCAACGCCCCAAGAACAGGCAGCGUUCUCAAGCUCAGGGAUCAUGGGUGACUUUGUGGUGCAGUAUGACGUGGCCAUGCCAGAUGUUGCAGGCGAUGUACAGAUCUACAAUGGCUAUUUUGUUCACUACUUUGCUCCAAGGGGAUUACCGCCAGUGCAGAAGGACGUGGUGUUUGUUAUUGAUAUCAGCGGUUCCAUGUACGGCAUAAAGAUGAAACAGACCAAGAAGGCAAUGCAUGUCAUACUAAGCGACCUUCACCAAGAUGACUUCUUCAACAUUGUUACUUUCUCUGACACAGUGAAUGUAUGGAAACCCAGCCAAUCCAUACAAGCUACUCCACAAAACAUCAGAAAGGCCAAGGACUACGUCAGCAAGAUGGAAGCGGAUGGAUGGACCGACAUCAAUGCAGCUUUGCUUGCAGCGGCCUCUGUGUUCAACCAGAGUUCUCUGAUGGCUGGAAAGAUUACGAGGGAUCAGAGAAUCCCACUGAUCAUCUUCCUGACGGAUGGUGAACCCACUUCUGGAGUGACAGCUGGCAGCCGCAUUCUUUCUAAUGCUCAGCAGGCUCUGAAGGGCACCAUCUCCCUGUUUGGUCUGGCCUUUGGUGAUGAUGCUGACUAUGGGCUGCUCAGGCGCCUCUCGCUAGAAAACCGUGGCGUGGCCCGACGUAUAUAUGAGGACGCUGAUGCCACUUUGCAGUUGAAGGGUUUCUAUGAUGAGAUUGCCAGCCCCCUGCUAUAUGAUGUGGAGCUGGCCUAUCUGGAUGGAGUGGCCCAAGACCUUACUCAGAACCUCUUCCCCAACUACUUCCAAGGCUCGGAGCUUGUUGUAGCUGGGAAGGUGAAGCCUGGAGUAACAGAGCUGCGGGUACGUACCACAGGACAUGGCCAAGAGGGCCCACUGAGCUUGGAAAAUGACAUCUCAGCCAACACUACAGAAGCAACUCCCUUUGGUUGCUCUGGGGAUGCCAACAAGAUUGGACACUUUGUGCAGAGGCUUUGGGCCUACUUCACCAUUCAGGACCUGCUCCAGGCCCGGUUCCGCGCCAAUGACACAGCCACCCGACGUCUGCUUACUGAAAAAGCUACCAACCUGUCCCUCAAGUACAACUUUGUCACACCUGUCACCUCUCUGAUAGUGGUGAGGCCGGAUGCGCACAAAGAUAAGGCCCAGCCAGCAAAAGUUACCAUCCCUCCUGGGGUAACCAAAGGUCCUAAGGCCACUCCUCAUGCCUUGGGAACGGCUGCUUCACCAUGGUUGUCUAAAGUGACCAAAACUACUACCAGUGCUCCAGGGGUCACAAAAGCAGUCAAGGGAAUAGUGAGGCAUACUACUACUUCCCCAGCUCCUGCCAAGAAAGUUACUAAAGUAGUCAGAGCUACAUUGCCAUCAGUCGUUAAUACAAUUACUGUCAACCCUACUCCUUACAUUUCCCCAGCACCUACUGUAUCCAGCCGCAUCAAAGUGGUACCCAGCCGCGCCAAAGCCACAGCGCUUCCAGGACUGAUUUCCAAGUCUCUGACCCCAGCUGUAUCACAUGGGUCCACGAAAGCCUCCCUUAAGACCGCCAAACCACCUCUCAAAACUCCUAAACCCAUUCCCACCAGGCCUGGAAAACCUAAGGUCACAGUUCAGCCGCACUCUGGGAUGGAGACCAGAGGAACAGCUAUUUCUAAGGUGCUCUUGCUUGGCAGCCCCAAUGCAGCACCCACUUCGGGGCACCCUCCUGGCAGUGUGAAGGUAUUGGGAAAUAACACUAGUGUCCAAGAGCAACCUCAGGUGACACCUCAGCCCACCUCUGAGCACCAACACUACACAAAACGGCAGGAAGGUACUCUGAGAAUGGAGACAGGGAACGUGGCUGGGAGUAAGACGACUCCCAAGGGUGGCCCUGCUGCAGAAAUGAACACAGAGAAGCCACCCCAUAACAGCACUACUCUAUGGGGCCCAGCACCUGGAAUUACAUUCUCAACAACAGAGAGAAUGGGGUCACAAGGCCCUGGACGCAUCCCUAGCAGCACUACACCUGCCUCCGAUAUCAGCCUCCUCCUCCUACCCAGUGAGUCUGAGUUACGCUCAGCCACCGACCUGGACAUGGAGUAUGUGGAAUCCUUAAACCCACCAGCUGUGUAUAGUUUUGUUACAUCUCGGGAGCACCCUGUAAACCUGGAUUACGAUGACAUUUCAGACUUCUCAGAAGAACUGGACAAUGAUGCAGAUACGUUGGGAGGUUCCUCCAACACUGGUUUCUUCACCUUCUCCUCUUGGGUGGACGGAGACCCCCAUUUUGUAGUAAGCCUACCACAUUCCCCAGGGAAACUUUGCUUCACCCUGGAUGGACACGCAGGAGAUAUUCUACGGUUGGUGAGAGAUCCCAUCACUGGCUUCUCAGUCAAUGGGCACCUCAUGGGGGCUCCUUUGAGGCCAGGCCAUGAAGAGCGUCCCCGCACCUACUUUGAUGCCAUCACCAUUGUGGUUGAGGAACACCUGCCCCACACCGGAUAUGUGAUUAACAUCACGCGAAAAGGCGUAAUGCUACAUGGAGAGCAUACUCUGGCCCUGCCCUUCACCCAGCGGGCCACAAUCCACAAGCCGCAGCUGGUGAUUUCCAUGUGGCCUGAAGCCAACAUCACUGUGCAGAUUGGCCAUGAGUUGGAGUUCCUGGUUCUGCUGCAUCGCUACAGCCAUCCCACGGCUCUGCAGUUGGACCAUCUUGGCUUCUACAUGGUCAACGGGAAGGGACUGUCAACAUCAGCAUGGGGCUUGCUAGGCCAGUUCCAGAAUAGUGGCAUACGGCUUUCCUCUGGAGCAGCUAAUGGAGCGCCAACCACUUGGUUGUGGAGAGGCGCCAACAAAAUCCCAGUCACCGAGGUCACCAAGAUACUGAAGGAUUCACCCAAGAGGGCCCAUGAGGCCCCAUGCUGGCUAGUGAAACGCAAGGAUGUGGAGGGGCUGCUGGGCGCACCGUACAGCUCUUACAUAACCUCCAGUCUCCUGGAAAUGUGAGCUGGCCACCUUUGCAGUCACGCAGUGCCAAUCAGCAAGGCCAGUAAACGACAAAAGUCACUGUCCUGUUGCCGUAUUCUCUUCUACUCCACUUUCGUGUUAUGGAGAUGAGAAAGAAGAGGAUAUAUGUGGCCUCGCUUCCGGGACCCUUGUAGUAUGCUCUUGAGAAUGAUAGCGGGCACAGUGGUGCACUAAGGGAUCUUUUUAACCUCUCUACAGUCCUCUGGAUACACCAUCAAUACAUUUCUGUUUACAUACACACAUACCCCACAUUUAUUUACCACAGAAAGGGAACUAAUGUAAAAAAUAUCACUGGAAUCAUAGAAUCAAAGAGUUGGAAGAGACCUCAUGGGCCAUCCAGUCCAACCCCCUGCCAAGAAGCAGGAGAAUUGCAUUCAAAGCACUCCCGACAGAUGGCCAUCCAGUCUCUGUUUAAAAGCUUCCAAAGAAGGAGUCUCCACAGCACUCCGGGGCAGAGAGUUCCACUGCUGAACAGCUCUCACAGUCAGGAAGUUCUUCCUCAUGUUCAGAUGGAAUCUCCUUUCUUGUAGUUUGAAGCCAUUGCUCCAUUGCAUCCUAGUCUCCAGGGCAGCAAAAACCAAGUUCGCUCCCUCCUCCCUUUGUCAGUGUUGAUGUGGAGAUUGUCUGGUUUGCCUACUCUGGAACAUGCAACAUAUCAUAGUCCUUCUUUAGGGGCCCCUUUCAAAUCUAUGAUACUAUAUCUGUGUCUCUGUGUAAAUCAUAUCUAUCAAUCUAUAUCUAUGGCUGGAUGGCUACCAUGUCUCCUCUCAGCCUUCUCUUCUUCAGGCUAAACAUGCCCAGCUCUUUAAGCCGCUCCUCAUAGGGCUUGUACUCCAGACCCUUGAUCAUUUUAGUCGCCCUCCUCUGGAGACAUUCUAGCUUGUCAAUAUCUCUCUUCAAUUGUGGUGCCCAGAAUGGGACACAAUAUUCCAGAUGUGGUCUGGAAGGAGGCUAUUCUGAAUGAUCUUGUCAGUGACAGACAUGCAAAUUUUGCCUUUAUCCCCUUUUGGAGAAAGAGACGUGACCCCCCCCCCCUUUCCCAUGAUGGAGUAUCUCACAGCAGAGUGUCCCCAAAAUUUCACAAAAAUAACCUGACCUGUUAUACAAGCAAGGAUGGAAAAAGGCAGAUGUGAAGGGAUUGCCUGUAAGGCUCAAAUUAUGCCCGGGAGCUCAAGCCCAACUCCUUCUCACAACUUUAUUUCCAAAGGAGAAAGGCAACUAAGAUGAAUACCCUGAGA